AUGUUACCUACAAAUAUUAAGAAUCUCUCGAGAUUACAAUUUUUUUACUUAGACAAUUGUAAGAACCUUUGUUGUUUGUCGGAGCUUCCUCCAAGCACCAAAGAGCUUCAUACUGAUAGCUGCAUCUCAUUGGUGAACGUUUCAAGUUUAAAGGCUCUUUCGCAGAGUAUGAAGGGAGUGAAGAAGUAUAAUUUAUUCAAGAAUAACAUUAAGUUGGGUGGACCGUCACUCGACCGCGUUAUGGAAGAUGGCAUAUUAACAACAAAGAGUGUUACAUUUCACAAUAUUGCACUAGCCAAAGGGCACAACUACAAUGAGAAUAAUGUUUUGUUUUGUUUACCAGGACACACUGUUCCAAGGCAGUUCAAAUUUCGAACAAUAUGUUCCUCUUUCUCCAUUUCUAUUCAACUUCCUCCAUGUUGA